GCAUGACCUUUUGCCAUAUGUUGGGAUCAUCGGAGGGCCAAGCACCUUAGGUGGGGAGGGUUUGGUGGGUGAGGUGAAAUCCUUUCUUCCUCACCGUGCAGGUGAUGCGCUCUGGUCCAGGUUUUCCAACUUCAGGUGGUAUUUUGUUCACCAGGGAUGGAGUAGUUUGGCGCCCGAAUCCCACUUCAGAAUCGAAGGCUUUUGUGAUAUGUUGUUGAGAUGACAUGCAUGGUCAAUGCUACCAUUGCAUACCGCCAAGCACAUGUUAAACUGCUUGAACUCUUGGCGCUGGUGAACUCGUGGCUCAAGACCCAGGGUGUUGUAACCCCUGAGAAUACGUUGUCUCUUAGAUACUAGACGUCGAUGAAGUCCACAUUGCUGUGGAGCUUGGUGCUCAGCCUUGUGGAGCCUGGCCUCAGUGGUCGCAUGGCGCAAGUGGAGAUGGGCACCGUACCUUGUGGCUGUGACAACAAGGUGGGCGUGCUGGCGCCGAAGUCGGCGCUGGACGGCGUCCCGCUGCCGGCGGACCCGUUCUGCCAGCGGCCGUACGUGCACGCGUCGAGGACGAACGGGAGAUACUGCAAGUGCGAUAAGGGCAAGGCGCUGAACUGGCAGUUGGCACAGGGUGCUGCCCAGAAGCGCCUGGAAGAGCUCUUCCAGCCGAAGCUCCAGGCUUUGAAAGACAUGCUCUCGAAAAUGGAGGAGACACUGGGGGUGGAGAUCGAUGCGUCGUCGCUGGACAAGGUGAAGCCCAAGGUGGUGAGCUUUCCCAGGAAGAAUGGCGAAGGGCUUUGGGUGUGCUGCUGCCAGAGUCAGCAGAAUGGCAAGUGCAAGAAGAAUGCUCAGAUGGAGUCGUCCUGGUACAAGAGUGGCAUUCACCAUGAGGCGCCCGCGCGGGCCUGCGAGGCUGAGACGGAGGUGGAGACGGAGGCCGUGCCUUCGGAGGAGCCGGAGCAGGAGGAAGAGCCGCAGUCAGCAGGCGGAUCGGAGGAGCCGGAUCUCCAAACUUUGGAGCAAGAGUCCACAGGCGAGGAGGGGACGGGCGAGUCCCAGGAGUCGGAAGAGCUCACGGAGCCAAAGGAGCCGAAGGAGCCGGAGGAGCACCAGUCAGGUCGUUCGAAGCUCUUGGAAUCGAUCCGCCAGGGAACCAUGCUCAAGGCUACGGAGCCUCAAGAGCCUCCGGAGCCGCAAGAGCCCAGCGAACCUGAAGAGCCUCAAGAGCCCACCCCGAAGAAACCGGCGCGGCGCGCGGCGCCGGCCAACCUCUUGGCCGGCAUCCGCGCACAGGCAGUUCAGCUGAAACCUGCCAAGGAGCGGCAGCUGAAGCCAAAGCCAGACACGCGGACCACGCGGGACAAGCUCCUGGGUGAGAUUGAGGCAGGGGUGCAACUGAGCCCGCCCAAGGAGCGGACGUCCGAGGUGAAGGAAGAGAGGCCUGAGAAUCUCAUGGAUGUGCUCACCGGCAGUGAGAAGUUCAAGAAGCUGCGAGAGACCAUGCAGAAGGAGCCUGAGGAGGAGGACGAUGAGGACUGGGAGUGAGGUCCGAUCUGCGUCGAAAAAGGUGCUGCGAUGCUUGUCGUUUUGGUGUGGUGCUUGAGUGACCUUAGUGGUUCACAUGCGAGUGCAGCAUGGCGGUAGUGCUGGACACAGAUGCGCGGGAAAAGAAGGGGUAUCUUUGGGAUGGGUGGAAAGGCUGAUUGCGGUGGUGAAGUUAUAAGUUAUAAGUGACUUAGAGUUUGUGGUCAGAGUAGGUGGCUCUUUGCCCUCAGUGAUCCUCUGAUUCCCAAGGCCCAGAAGACCGGGAAAAUCCUGCGGUGCUGCAUCGGAUAAGAAUGAUCACUGUGGGAAACUGAUCAAAUCUGAUUCGUUUGUUCUAUUAAAAGACCCAUGCUUUGCCA